GCUCGCACGCGCACAGCGCGCUCUCAGCAGAAGCGCGUGCCUGUGGAGCGGUGUUCUCAGACUGAGGAGCUCCGGGGCUCCGGGGGCUUCAGCCAGCAUGUCUCUGCGGCAGGAGGUGAGCGAGGACCCGGAUCUGGAGAGCCUGCUGUCCGCGCUCUCCCCGGAGGAGGUGGAGGAGCUGGAGCGCGAGAUGCUGCUGAUUGACCCGGACCCGAGUGUUCCGGUCGGGCUCAGGCAGCGAAACCAGACCGACAAGCAGCCCACCCGGGGGUACGACCGCGAGGCCAUGCUGGACUACUGCGAGCGCGAGACCAAGAAACUCAUAGAGAGAGAGCUCAGCUUCGAGGGCGAGUCUAAGGGCGAGUCUAAGGGCGAGUCUAAAGGCGAAGGCCGUAGACGAGACCGGCUCAGGAGGAUGAGGAGCAGAGAGCACAGGAGCUUCUCCAGAUCACGAAGCCGCGAGGCAUCAGAUAAGGACGAUUCACUGAACGAAAAGGAAAAGAGACAGGAGGAAAAACCUGUGGACAAAAACUGCGAGGAUGGAGAGAAGAUUAGAGACGUUGACUUUAAGGAGUCGGACGCAAAAACAAAGUUGGAAUUUCAAGGAACUGAAAGAAAUAAAGAUCAGACUGGUGAAGAAAAGGAUAAAGAAAAGGAAAAAGAUAAACAGACAGAAACUCCUAAGAAGGAUCGAGGCGGCAGCAGGAAAACCUUGGACCUCAUCUCUAAACUACAAGAAAAAAAGGACGAUAAAAAAGAGACGGAAAAAAAGGAGCUGGAGAGCAAGAGAGGCGAAAACUCGAGAACCAAAGGGUUAAUAUCCAAACUACAGGCUAAUAAAGAAGCAGAGGAGAAGGAAAAGAGAGAAAAAGAGAGGGAUGUAGAGAGGAAAAGAGAGCAGAAAAAUGAGAGCAGAACGAAAGGCCUUGUGUCCAAGAUGGAGGACGCAAAGAACCAAACUGACACCGGCAAAGUGGGAGAACGGAGGAACCGACAAACGUGGAGAGAUGUGGAGAAAGAAAGAGAAAAGAAAGACAAAGAGAAGGAGAAGGAAAAGGAGCUGGAGAAGAACGAUGAGAAGAAGAAGAAGACGUACAACCAAAGAGAUAAUAAUCAAAGAGAGAAAGAGCAGGAGAAAUGUGAAGCGAAAGAGAAAGAGCGAGACAGAUGGAAAGAGCGUAAGAAAGAGACUGAACUAAGGAAAGGGACGAAUAACGAGAAGGACGUUACGAGAAAAGCUGAAACACGUAACAGAGAGAACUGCACCAGUGGAGACGACCAGUCCACCAAAACUGAAGACGAUGACGAUGAUGGAGACGACUGUCUGGACAGCGAUACCGGUUCCAGUAUGUUUGACGACCUCUUGGAACAGGUGCGCAACAACGACCCGGAACUUACCGAACUUAACAUCAACAACUCCGACGUGAUUAAGAAUGAUACGCUGAUUCAGUUUGCGACAGGACUUCGCAGCAACACUCACAUUAAAACUUUUGCUCUCGCCAACACGAGAGCGGACGAUCAUGUCGCAUUCGCCAUUGCCGGGACCUUGCGGGGCAAUGCGACGCUGACCGAAAUCAACCUAGACUCCAACCAUCUCACCGGAAAAGGCAUCCUGGCCAUCAUCGAGUCUUUGCAGCACAACGCAACUCUCACACAGCUUCGCUUUCACAACCAGAGACACAUUCUCGGAGGGAAGACAGAGAUGGAGAUGACUAAGGUCCUAAGGGACAACACUUCCCUGCUCAAGCUGGGGUAUCACUUUGAGCUAGCCGGUCCAAGGAUGACCAUGACCAACAUCCUGAGUCGAAACAUGGAUCGCCAACGGCAGAAACGCCUGGAAGCCCAACGGCUCGCCAAGCAGGACACCCAACCCAGCUCAGCCCAAGCUCAAACAAAAGUCCAAAAGAAGAAGGAGCUUCUACCUGAAACGCCGAAGCCCAAAGGAACACCGAGCUCAAAGCCCAACCAUGUUGAGAAGAAAGAGUCCAUAUUAGCCAAAGUGUCCAAAUUCAACAAUCCUGCCACAGACCCCAAAACCACUCAAUCCAAGCACUCACCUGGCCACGUGCCCUCUAAUACACCAGGUAAAAAAGGUGGCGUCAAAAAGGCAGAGUCAAGCCCAGGACCCCCACCACCUCCUUCAGCCCCUGCUCCACCUCCCCCUCCUGCUCCAGGGCUGGACGUUCAGGCCCUGAGACGGUCGCUGAACCCCGUGUCCCAGCGCAAAGCGGACAGCGGCAGAGUUUCAGGCCGAGGAUCGGAGAGGAGCUCCAGAGAUCAGCUGCUGGACUCCAUCAGGAACUGCAGUAUGAACACACUCAAGAAGAACGUCCUGGAUGAGUUGUCUAUGCUGGAGUCCCAACGUAAGAGAUGUGGAGGUUCCGAAGCGUCUGAGGUAGCAGCAGGCAAUAAAAACAGAAGAGGAGCGAGACACCUUUUUCAACUUUACCAUCUUUUCCAGCUUUACGAGCUUUAAAUCUCAAAGUGAUCAGUGCGUUUGUCUUUAGGGUCUUACAGCGAUAACAGUGCUGCAGUAUUUAUCAGAGGAACCCUGAAUGCUCUGACAGACUAAUCUAAUCUAAUCUCAUGCACUAAAGAGAGAAAGUUUGGGGGCAGGAGACUGGGUGGGGGUUGGAGAGAAAUAAUAGAGAAUUCUUUUAAAAGAAGAAAUACAGGUAAUUUUACAGGUUUUAUAAUGAGCACAUCAUACUAAACUAAUGUACAUCAAAUUGUGUUUUGUUUUAUCUGUGCAUGUGUGAUCUGUACACUUGAUUCUUCACUGUGUUUGUUGAAAUGCUUUGAAAAUGUUUUAAUAUAAAAAUACAUCUGGAAAUAUAUAACUGAACAUGAUUAUUUCAUUAUGA